AUGAUAGACCGGCGCCCGCACCAGCAGCCCUCCCUGCUGCCGGUGCCACUGCCCCGACGCCUGGCAGUCCACCCCACAUGGGAAUCGGCCCGCGGCGGGCGCCUGGCCGCCAUCAUGCGCUCCAACACCGAGGCCACAGACAUCGAACUGCGCGAGAUCUACCUGGAUGCCGGCUUCCCAGGUGCCGAGGUCCCGCCCGAGCCCCGCGCCAUUAGCGUGUUGCAAAUCACCACCAGCUCCGAUGGCGUGGCCCACCCCGAAGACAUGAUCCACCUGAAUCUCCCGCCGGUCGGCUUGGCCCGGUCCUGCCUGGCCCUGGCCUUCAACCCCUUCUAUCGGCACAUCCUGGCCAGUGGGGUCGAUGGGUUUCGCAAUCACUCGACCGUGCAUUUGUGGGACAUGGAGACCGUGAUGCCGCUGCCAAAGGCCCGUCCUGGCCCGAUGGCUUCCUGGGCGGGGCCCCAUGCCGGCCAUGCCUCCGGUGGCCUGGCCUCGGCCCCGGCCUCUGGGGUCCACCACUCGGCUGGGGCUGGGGCUGCCGGCCCCGGCCCGAUGGCCGGCCUUCCGGUGUAUGACCGCACCGAGUCCAUGGCCUGGCUGGACCGGGAUACCUUGGUGGCCGGGGCCGCCGGGCGCAUCUUGCGCCUGUUUGACCUGCGCCUGGCGGCCAGCGGCCAGCCAGUGGCCGGCGCAUGCCGCACGGCCGCCACACUGGGCAUCUCGGUCGACCCGCACGGGGCCGGCCAUCGAUUUGUGUCUCUGGCCCCGCCGGCCGCCAGCCGAUCGGCCCUCGGCGACUCCGGUGCCCGGAAUGAGGCCCUCUGGUCGGCUUGCUUUUGGGACAGGAGGCGCUUCGACCAGCCGGUGCUGGUGACGGCAAUCGCCGGGCCCGAGCGCCUGGCCCCCUGGGGCGAUGAUGGCACGCUGGACCCGCCGGCCGCCGGGGCUGAGGCCAUUGGCUCCGGCGGGUCUGCGGUCCUCGAUGACCACGAUCAAACCAUGGACCCCGGCUCUUCGCGCUUUUGGACCGGUGACAACCUGCACCUCAAGCAGGCCAUCCUACCGGCCCCGGUGCCGGUCCACACGGCCUGGCACACCUCGAGGCCGGGCUUGCUGGCCGUCGUGCCGCCCAGCCUGCCGCCAUGGAACUCGCGCGGCCUGCCAGCGGCCGGGGUGCGCACCGGUGGCCCCUCCACCGGCGGGCCGCACGAUGCCCUCCACCGGUCGCAAAUGGCGGCCGAUACCCCACCGGAGCUCCGGUGCUGGUUCCUCCACACGGCCCCGGCCGAUCCCUAUGGCAUCGACCCGGCGCUGGCCGAUGCGUCUGGCCCCGAUGAGCACCCCGAUGAUGUCGGCCUCCUGCGCGUGUCCUCCGCUGUCGCCCCCCGGCUUCUGAUGUGCGAUGUGGCCAGUGCAUCGGUGGCCGCACCCGCCAAUGCCACCGUAGCCGGGGCGUCUGGCCACCUUGCGUCGAUCGCACCGCCGCGGCUCGGUGACAUUGUGUGUGUUGCGUCGAUUCCACAAUUGCCCGAUGGCUUCCUGGUCCUGGACUCGGCUAGCAACCUGGGAACAAUGACCCUUCCGACCAGUCGUACGUUGGCCAUUUCUCCGGCCGACGAGCUGGCGGUCAACCUGGCCUCGGCGUUUUCCUCUCGGGCGACGCUGCCAGCUGUCGGACCAACUGGCGCGAUGUCCGUCACUUCGGAGCUUCGCCUGGCCCUGCUCCAAUCCUUCCAGCCAUCGAAUGACUCCAGCGUGGGUGUCCAGUCGUUGGUGGCCCGCAUGCGUGCCGGCUAUACGGUUGAUCCUCUGCUCAACAGCUCCCUCACACAACUCCCGCCAGGACUGCGAGCCGUCUGGCAUGACCUAGCCUGCUCCAUCCGCACCGGCUUGGUCAUGCUGUCGUAUGUCUUCUUCCAGCCCGUGCGCCUGGGCGUGGCGCCGGCCACAACAUCGGCCACUGGCGGCUCGGCAGCCGCCCCGGCCGCCUUGGCAACGGCCUCCGGCGCGACUCCCACCCCUUCGGGCGGGUCGUCCGCUUCUUCGGCAUCCUCCUCGGUGUCUUCCUCCUCCUCGGUGUCCUCCAUGUCGCCCCAUCCGUCGCAGGUGACCCUGAACAGCUUGCAGCCGCCGCCCCUGUCCGCCGGAGCUGGGGAGGCCCCUGCCCCGGGGGGGAUGGUGGCCGAUUUGGCCGGCGGCGUGUCGCCCACCGGCAUGGGCGGGGCUUCCGGCGACGCCGCCUCUCCUCGGCUGCUGUACUUCCUCCGGAAUGUCCUCGGCCUGCCGGGCGUGUCGACCAUCAUCUCGCUCGAGGCUGACAUCCGCCGAGGUCGCGCGAUGGAGACCCCCUGGGAGGAGGCGUCCUGGUGCGACUGGCCUCCCAGCAGCUCGGCUGGCCGGCUGCCCGGAGACAUGGCGCCCAAUCCCGCGUACGAUCGCCUGCUGGACCGAUCGGCCUUCCUCGGUCGGCGGAGCCUGGCUCCCUGCCUUCGGGCUGCUGGGCUGACCCGGCUCCGGUGUCUGGCCCUGAACCUGUGCGGCUGGCCGACGGACCUUCCGCCCGAGCUGAUCCAUUGGCUCGGGUCGCGGGCCUUCGAUUCCGGCACGGGGCAGCCCCUUUGGUCAAGUGCACCCGAGCGCCGGGCCGAGCACCUGGACCGCCUGUUUGACUUGGCCCCCUUGGCUCCGGCGACGGCCGAGCAGACUCAAAGCUUCCUCCUGGUACUGGAGCACGCCCUGCGACGGCUGGAGGAUAACGGCGAGUUUGAGCGCGCCGCCGCCCUGGCCGUCUUCCACAAUCAGUUCCCCCGUGCCGCCCUGUCCCUCGAGCGCCAUGGCAGCCUGCGCAACCGGCUCCUGUCGUCGGCUCUACGGUCGCACCAUGCCCUGAUGUCGGUCCUGCCGGUGCCCCUUUGUCUCUCCGACAGUCCGCUCUACACGUUCAUCGUGGACCUGGCCGGCUCGCCGGCCGACUUGCCCCGGGCGAAUGUGACCAGCCAGCCGGAUGCCCCGGACCCCGAGCAACAGCCCUGCCCGGUGGGCGAUCCCGAGCAUGCCGACUAUGUCCGGGGGUUGUUGAAAUUCGUUCAACUUCAGAGCGCCGUCACCGAGCUGACCGGGCUCGAUGAGGCUUCUUCCACCGCCGGGGCAGCCCCAGCUGCGGCGGGCACCGACGAUGACACCCCGGUUCUCUCGCCAACGGACGCCUAUGUGCUGCACUUCCUGCGCGAAUGCCAGCUCCUGGCCCUGCCGCUGGCCGAUCGCAUCGGGCUUGGCCUGCAUCAUCUGUCGGAUUCGGCCCUCGGCCUUUGGCUGGCCACCCUGGAGGAAGAGUGCCUGGCCACUGGGCGCCUGGAGGCGCUGCUUCUCUGCGGCCUUGGCUCCUCGACACAGCCUCUCGCCACCUAUUUGAAUGCCACCGGUGACAUCCAAACCACGGCCAUGCUGUCGGCACUGCCUCUGAUCACGAACUUCCUCUCGGCCUUGGCCCACUCGAAUCCAGUCUGCUCGUUGGCUGCGUCGCCCUUCCUCAGUGACCAGGCCGGUGGGGCGCUUUACCCUCCAAGCGCCGCUGGCCCGGCCCGGUCGCCGCCCGUCGGCCCCGGAGCCGCGCAUGGGCCCAAGUCUGCGGCUGCUGCGGCGGCUCUGGCCGCUGCCGCCGCCGUGGGCCCCGGCGGCCCGGGCGCCCUCCUGCCCGCCUUUGUGGGCAAUUCCAAUCCCGCGUUGCGAGCCAUGAUGUCCCGCCCGGCGCUGGAGGAUGUCUUUCCGGAGUUGGAUGUCAGCCGCGUGCCGGGGCUGGCAUUCCCCGGCUUCCGGGGCCGGCUACAUGCGGACCUGGUGGCCAACCACCGGAAUGCCCACCAGUUCCAAGUCUGGAUUGACCGGUGGCGCGACCUGCUUGACCGACUGGCCCUCUGGGAGGAUCGCGCCCUGUUCGACGGCCUGCUGAAGCAACUCUACCCCUUCUUCGAUUCGAUCCCCCGGCCGUUGCAGCUUCGGUGCAACUUUUGCAGUCAAUCCGUCUGCCCGCCGGUCUUGUCCCAGGGGAUGGCCCCGCUUCCGAUCAACUGGCAGCUGAGCUUCGAACGGACCCAUGCCAUGCCGACCGCCAGUGCAUAUGCCGGGCCGCAGUUGGUGUCGCCGCGCGGUGGCACCGGCGGGCACUUCAACCCCGACGUCACGCAGGCCAUCAAGUUCGCCGAGCAAAAGACCGCCGGCGGCAGCGCGGCCCACCACCGGUCGCCCCUUGGGCACCUUUCCGUCGACGAAACCACCUUUGCCCAGGAUGCCCGGCCCUUCACGUACACGUCCCGAGUAUGCAACAACAGCUCCUGCAAGCAGGCCCUGGCACGGUGCUCCGUCUGCCUGCACCCGAUGGGCGGCAUGGUCAGCUCGGCCUGGGUGACACAGGCGCACCCGGCCGGACAAUUGCCCGCCCUUUCCAGCUACCUGGCCGGGGCCAGCUCGCCACCCAGCCUGCAGGUGGCCCCGUCAGUGGAUGGCGACUCCUCGGCCACAAGCAGCAGGGCCCCGGCCCGGCGCCGCUCCGGCCACCGUGACGCCUCCGAAAACGCCUCCCUCAGUUCCGACACAGCGCCUCCCACCGAGACCGACGACACAGAUGCCCUCCCCUCGGCCGAGGAGGAGCACCUCAAACAGGUAAACCGCCUUGCCGAACGCCUGGUCCCGGCCCUGACGCCUCUCGACCAGUGGUUCACCUGGUGCCAUGUUUGCCGGCACGGCGGCCACCAUGCCCAUCUGAUGGAGUGGUUCUCGCGCAAUGCCGAGUGCCCUGUGGCGGCUUGCCUCUGCCAAUGUGCCAGCAUCAUGUGA